CCACCUCCAGUGGAAUUUGUUAGGAUUCUAGUUAUUGGGUUUAUAUCAUUUAUGGUAUUUUGUCUUAUCUCUGUAGUAGUUGGUUUCAUCCAACGGGAGUGAGGGUGGAGAUGUGUUCCAAUCUUAGAACUCCUCAUCUAGGGUUGUAUUUAAGCCUCCUUUCAUCAUUUGGGAAAGGCAUGAAUGAAAAGAAUUGUUAUUUUAUUUCUUACUUUCCUUGCAUUUUCCUUUUCUUCUCCAUUCCUACGGAAUUGGUCCUAUCAUAUUUUUCGAUGCCACCACCACCAUCUUGAAGCUCUCACUCCUCUCUACAAAACUCACCCAAGAGCCAUCUUGAUUAACCACCGUACGUGGCAGUGCGAGGCCACAAAACCGACGAAAAUCAACAGUUCUCCGGCCACCCUUUUCAUUUUUCCGGUGAAUCGACAAAGCGAUGACCGACGCCACCACUUGGGUUUUGUAGCCCAUCAUCUAGGAUUCCAAAUGCCAGACUUUGCCCAUGUUUCUUUACUUCUUGCCCCUGAUCGGAGUAAGCUGUCAAAGAGGCAUGGUGCGACUUCUGUAGGCCAGUACAGGGAGAUGGGCUAUCUACCUCAGGCAAUGGUGAACUACUUGGCACUGUUAGGUUGGGGUGAUGGCACUGAAAAUGAAUUCUUCACCCUUGAGAAGCUUGGUGAGAAAUUUACAGUUGGUCGCGUCAACAAAAGUGGUGCCAUUUUCGACUCGACCAAAUUUAGGUAAUUUUGGCUUUUAAUCUGCUAUAU